CAACUAGCCCGGGAUGAGCAGCCAGCUAAAACUUAUAAAACUUGUGACUGGGAUUGAAUUUGUACAAAUUGCUGUUUACAAAUAUACAUAUUUUAAAUCAAAAACGUGAAUAUCUUUAACGAAUUCUAGUUCCACUCGGUAAUUUAUCCCUCUAGUCAUUCUCCGUAAUUAUUCCGGUAGCGCAAGAAGCAGGCGAACUGAAGAACGACCUCUUUGUCAAAAUGUUUUCUAAGAAGGAAAGUAAGAAGACAGAGAACGAAGGAAUGGACAACAAGAGGAAAGGAGGGGUUGCAGUACAGGAGAUGAGCACACAUGACCUCAUCAACAAUCCGUCAACCCUUCAAGCUGGUAUUUCCCUUCUUUCACAACGCAUAAUUACCGCAUUGAAGCCGAGCCAGCCAACAUCGUCUUCAACUGACGAACGCAGUGAUGCAGACGGACGACGUGGUUUGCGUCGAAAAAGGCAUCCACCUGUGGCAGAAUCCAAAGCUAAUAAUGAUGGUUCGGGCUCUGAUCCCAAUAUUAGGUCAAAAUUUAUUAGUCGUGUAACCUCAUCAUCAUUAUCGUCAGAUGAUAGUUCAAAUAACGAAAGUUCUUCAAGUGGAAAUGGGGCUUCCCAGUUUGACGAGCUUUAUCGACGAUUUACUCUACCUGAGACGGCGGCGUCGCCUUCCAAGAAAUUGGAGGAAUUCGAUCUCGAAGCAAAGGGAAUUUUCUUUCGAACCGUGUUUUCACAAUAUGACGAAAAAGAAAAAAUGUGCGAGGAACAUACUCAGAAUAUUCAAAAGCUUACCGAUGAAAAGGUGCAGGAAUACUUUGCUCAUGUUCAACCAGCCAUUUUGGACGUAUUUGAAGGACGAAAAGACUCAAUUCGAACUGACCUGUAUCUGAGUCGAAAUAAGUCAGACCUCUUUACAUUGAAAGAAGCCGUCGUCUCGGCUCCUUUUAGCAAUCAAGCGUACAUGUUAUUAGCAAACUUAGUGUUGGACUUUAUCCUGCCUACCAGAAAAAGUAGGGAACGGUAUUUGGAGUACGCUCAACUUGUCCUCAUUCCGGAAGCUCUCAUCCAGAUCUAUUCAUUGGUGAAUGGUGUUGAUUUUGAACAUGCCGAAAAGGAGAUGCGCUAUGGCCCACAGUAUGAUGGUCCACUUCCGAAAAAGCGAAAAGUGACAUCAGGAAUGUCAAAGUCCAAACUGAACAAAGAGGAUAAACCCCUUCGUAGUCGUCGUGCUAAAAAAUGUGCUCCAAUGUCAACAGCCACAGGUCCGCUGGAAGAACAUGAAACUGAUGCUACUGCAGCUGAUGGUGACACAAUGUAAUACGUCGAAAUCCUGAUAGGAGACUGAUUAUCCCAUAAUCUACCCGUACUUAAAGUAAAAUGAAACUUCGACCGUCGAUCAUCACAAGAAUUAAUCUAAAUUGUUUUGUGUCCCAUUUUCUAUAUUUUUCAUUUAUUCCUGCUAAAAAACUAGCACUAUGAUAUAUGUAUGUGACAUUUUUAUAAGCUUUUGUGUAUGACAAUAUAAUUCCGUCAUUGAUAUUAAAAUUUUAAAUUACUUAUAAAACCCGACAAAGU